AUGUCGUCCUCAUCUACUCCGGAUCCAUCCACGGAACAAAGCUACAGCACAAUGGCCACGGCCGACGUCGAAGCGAUUGGCGCGCACUGCCAAAUGUCCUUCUGCCAUCAACUCGACUUUCUUCCUUUUAGAUGUGAGAGUUGCAAAGGCAAAUACUGCCUUGACCACCGUUCGGAAACAGCGCAUUCAUGUCCUAAUGCAGGCGCUUGGGCAAGAGCACGCGCCGCCCAGGAACGAGCCAACUACACGCCUUCGCCCAAGCCGUCCGUCCUCACUCACGAAUCGCAAUGUUCCGAGCCGUCGUGUAAGACGCUCAUCAAUACCGCCCUAGUCCCAGGUGUCGAAUGUAAUGCCUGCAACCGCAGCUACUGCCUGAAGCAUCGUCUACGAGAAACUCACGACUGCGCAAAGCUCACCCCUAUAGGAGCUCGCGCGAAUAAAGAGAAAGGCCUGAAUGCCCUUGCUAAACUACGCGCCUGGGGCCAGGCCAAACAGAAGAGCAUGGCCGCUCCAACGACGACAACAACCUCUGCCAAACCAUCUACCUCAUCCGCAAAACCACAGACGCCUGCCCAGCGUCUUCGUGCCACGGCUGAACUGAAGAAGAAUGCCAAGGGUGAUGCCAAGGUAGCAAUGGAGAAGCGCAUAUAUAUCAACGUCGAGGCUUCUGCCGAUACAACAAAGGCGAAGCAUCCCACCGGUCAGUUCUUCUACUCAUCUGAGUGGAGUAUCGGUAGAAUCCUCGACCUGGCUGCCAAGUCGCUCCAAGUCGAGAACCUCAACAAUCGUGUCGAGGGUGAGGAAGACAAGUUACGUGUCUUCCACGUUGAAGGUGGACGACUCCUCGACUUUGGUGAGAAGCUCGGUGCUGCUGUCAAGACUGGAAAUACCAUCGUCUUGCUGAGAGGCGUCGGUCCACCCGUUCCGGAUCUUAUCGUUCUUGACCCGUAG